GCAAGCAUCUUGAGUCUUGCACUCUACGUGACAGCGGAUCACCUUGUACGAAAAUUACAGCCGCCGGCCGGUUGGGUGGCUCCGCUAUUUGCAGUCGGCCAGGGUCCAAACAAAUCUCAAUCUAAAGGGUAGCAGUGGCAAUGCAAGAGAUCUUCUCUGGGCGACAGUAAGGCGAUGGCGUAUGCCGUAAUAUUUGUACGUUAAAUUGGCGAGGCAGAGGCCGAAAAGGUUAGAAGAAAGCGUCGUCGCCGCCGGAGAUGUGCCCGACGACGAAGAAUCCAAACGACACUGCCUACGAGGAUGCCAGCGGUUUCGCACCGACGCGGGUGAUCUCCUUGGCCGUGGUGGAGGAUCCCAGCUAUGACUGGCGGCGGGAGGCGAUCGAGGGGGGCAGCCUGCGUCAUGUUGACCUCCACAAGGGUGUUAACGGCUGGGCCUCCCCUCCUGGGGAUUUCUUCCGGCUACGCGGCCCCGACUAUUUCUCCAGUCGCCAGAAGUACCCCUCCGGCGAGUGGCUUCUCCGGCCCGCCGGCGUCGACUGGCUUCGCUCCGCCAACCGCCUUGAUAACGUCGUCGGCCGCCGGGACAACCGCAUCGCCACCGCUUUACGGCGCGCUCACUCCCUCGGCCGAGCCCGCAAGGCUUUCGUCGUCGCUGUUAACCUCCAGAUCCCAGGCCGCGAAUGCCACUCCGCGGUGUUCUACUACGCCGCCGAGGAUCCGAUCCCGGCCGGAUCCCUCUUGUACCGCUUCAUCCAUGGCGACGACGCGUUCAGGAACGCGCGUUUCAAGAUCGUGAACCGGAUCGUGAAGGGCCCGUGGCUGGUGAGGACGUCCGUGGGGAACCACGCCGCAUGCCUCCUGGGGAAGGCGCUCGGUUGCAACUACCACCGCGGGGAGAACUACCUCGAGAUCGAUGUGGACAUCGGGAGCUCCGCCAUCGCCACUGCUAUCCUUCACAUCGCUCUAGGUUGCGUCACUGAAGUGACUAUCGACAUGGGCUUCCUCGUGGAAGCACAAGAGGAGGAGGAGCUGCCGGAGCGGCUUAUUGGGGCGGUUCGGGUGGCGCAAAUGGAGAUGAGUUCCGCCAGAUACGUGGAGACCAGAGACGUUGGAAAGGAAGGACGGUUAGGCAUUCUUCACUAGCUGCUUAGUGAAGAAUCAAUCUAGUUGUAAUCCUAUUCAAUUAUCCACGAUUACUCAUCGUCAGCUGUCUAAUUGUUUUUACUAAGUAUUCGAUUCA